AUGGUUGUUGGCAGCGAAUUUAACAACACUGCAGAUGUAGAUGUCGUAGCUAUCCUUCUCACGUUGUUGAAUGCUGACUAUUUUGUUAUUAAGCAACGCCUUGUUAGUGCUUGUUUUACAAAGCGUAUUAAAUGGUAUUUUAUUUAUGCUAUCGCUUUAUUAUCUUUAUUUUCAUCACGUAACACGGUGUGUGCGCCAUAUUAA